AUGCGCGCGACGAUGUCGUCCGGAAGCUCCAGUGGGUUACGAAACGUCGCGCGCCGCUCCUCAAAGCUCACAAACCCCGUAAGGCGGUCCCGCCGGCCAAUUGCGUACUGCACAAUGUCAACGCACAAGUCAACGAGCGAGUUUUCCACAAACUGCGAGAUGAUUUUGCCGUCCGUGCUAAAUGGAGAGCGCAGCAGUGCCAGCGUAAUUUGGCCCGUCAGGUCCAUGCCGCGCACGUCGCCGUCGCGCUGGCAUGUCUGGAACAACUCCGCGAGGUCCUUGAAGUACGUAUUGCAGGCCCGCACGUACACGCCGAAACGCUGGGCGUUUGCCAUCGCUGCGGAGAGGAUCGCCGGCAGGUUCUCGCGGCACACCACCCAGUGGCUGCUGACGGACGGCGUGACGGCCCGCUCCGCGCCGUUGAUCUCGCGCGCCGCAGCGCUCUUGCGGGAGCGCUGGUACGCGACGAUCUCCCCGUGUAUCUUCUCACAGCCCUCCUUUGUGUUGAAGCUGCACGCCAUGUGGCGGCCCAACUGCGGGUCCGACCACCACAGAACGGUGUCGCGCUGCACAACGUAG